UAGUGUUAAGAACCACAAAAUGGCAUCGUAAACUUUCCCUCCUCCUCCAAUUGCCUGCCACGCUCAAACUGCAGAGAGAAGCCUGAGCACAACCUCACCCCUCUUCUUUAAACUCACUACACAACACCGUUACCGUCGUCACUGCCACCGGUGUUUCGUUUUGGUUGUGUUCUUUCUUCUCCCUCCUCGUAAAUCUCGAAAGUUUUAGUCUUUGAUCGCAGUUUGCAGCAAAUGGAAAGUAGUGGUGCUGAAAAAAUUCCUGGGAUUAACGAGGUUGAAGCUUCUGAAACCACCAUCGAAAUCAAAAUAAAAACUCUAGACUCACAAACCUAUACUUUGAGAGUUGAUAAACAGGUACCAGUUCCUGCUUUGAAAGAACAGAUUGCCUCUGUAACUGGUGUUUUAUCUGAGCAACAACGUCUAAUAUGUCGUGGAAAAGUUCUGAAGGAUGAUCAGCUCCUCUCUGCAUAUCAUGUUGAGGAUGGUCACACCUUGCACAUGGUGGUCAGGCAACCAUUCCCAUCCUCAUCCGAUGGUGGUCAUCACCAUCCAGGUACAAGUCGCAAUCAUGGAAAUCAGGUAGCCCCUAGUGUUGUAAUUGAAACUUUCAAUGUUCCUGAUCAAGGGGAUGGGGUUCCCCCUGAAAUCAGUCAGAUUGUCUCAGCUGUUCUUGGUUCUUUUGGAUUUUCAAAUAUUGGAGGUGGUAGUAAUGGGAUUGAUGUCAGGGAACCUGCUUUGCAAAGACUUGAAAGAACAUUAGUUGGUAGUGGUAUGCUAGAUUCAACUCAGCAGCAAUAUGAACAAGCUGGCAUGAGGAUAUCAAAUAGACUGCAGAGUGCCUUUGGAAUCCCGACAGCAGUUUCUUUGGGGUCUUUGCAGCCUCCUGUAAUUCCUGAUUCAUUGACAACCUUGUCCCAAUAUCUGAGUAAUAUAAGGCGCGAAUUAGACGGAAUUGGCAGGGGAGGGAGUAACAAUUCUCAAGGAACCGCCACAGAUAGGACUGGAGAAAGAGAUUCUACUUCUGCAUCACAUUCAGGGACUGUACACGAAGGUCUUCCAACCCCUGCAUCUUUGGCAGAAGUCAUGCUGUCCACUAGACAAAUGCUCGUUGAACAAGCUGGAGAGUGCCUGCUUCAACUUGGUGGACAACUGGAGAAUCAGGCAAAUGUGACUGAUUCAUCUGUACGGAUGAGCACACAAUCUACUGCAUCGAGAACUGGAGUUCUACUUCAUAAUCUAGGUGCUUUUUUGCUUGAACUUGGUCGUACAACCAUGACUGUGCGAUUAGGUCAAAUUCCGUCUGAAGCUGUGGUUAACGCUGGUCCUGCUGUUUUCAUAUCUCCUUCUGGUCCUAACCCUCUCAUGGUUCAACCUCUUCCUUUCCAACCGGGAACAAGCUUUGGUUCCAUCCCCAUGGGGUCUGUACAGUCUGGCACUGGUUUGGUUAACGGGCGUGGUACUGGGUUUCUUCCAAGGCGUAUUGAUAUACAAAUAAGAAGAGGAUCAUCAAUGGCAACUUCUAACGCUAAUCGAGAAGAACAUGGUAAUACUCAGCAGCCUUCAGGGCAAGGUAACUCAGUUACAGCUCCUGCUACUGAAAAUCUUGGCAAUCAAAGAACUUCAAGGAUCUCGGAGGGUUCAUCUUUCACUGGAGAAUCUGGAGUACGGGUAGUGCCGAUUAGGACCAUGGUAGCAGCAGUGCCUGGUCCUUUCAGUCGGCUACCCUCAGAUUUAUCUGGUAAUCCUGUAGGGUUAUACUAUCCGGUUCUUGGAAGAUUUCAACAUUUAGCUUCUGGACAUGUAACUGGUGAACGAGGAUUUCAAGCAUCUGGUGGGCAAACUGAGCAGCCAUCCGCUCCUGAGUCUGUGGUGCAGCCACAAAACAGUGAGGAUCCUGCAAGAAAUGGAUCAUUACCAAAUUUGAACUCAAGACAACAGGAACCUUCUAGUGGACGUGGUGUGAAUAUCAGCAUUCUUUCUGCUGGUGGGACCCAAAACAACCAAGAACCUGAGCGGCAAAUCCCAAGCAGUGUUCUGCAAUUUCUGAGGAAUCUUUUUCCUGGUGGCGAAAUCCAUGUAGAAGAUGGAAGUUUACAGGGGACAGCUUCGGGUUCUAUUCCGGAGCCGGCAACCAUGUCUGCCUCAGAUCAUGCUGUUACAGCCAGUAGACAUUCAGAAGCAGAAGCAAGUGUUAGUGAUGAAGGGAUAUUUUUAUCUAACUUGCUUCACCAGAUCAUGCCUGUCAUAUCUCAACAAUCAAGUGCAGCACAAAUGGUAGCGUCUUCAGAGGGAGCAGAUACUUCUGAGCGUAGAAUGGAGCAAGAUUCUUCCACACAUGCUGAGAGUUCUAAUGUUGGGACAUCACGUCGGCCAAGUGAUUCUGAACAGUGCGCACCAAACUCCAAAAGGCAAAAGAGGGAGUGAGUAAUGAUACUAAAGAGGAUUUUAGCAGUUUGUGGAAGUAGUUAUUGAGAUUUUGAGCAGCUAUGAAUAAUGCAUUUCUUCUACCGGCGAACGGCGGCAUUCCUCGUUUGAUCAAAAUUGGUAUAUUAUGGUUUUAUUUUCCUUUUUUCACACAAGUGGAAUAUUGUGAGAUUUCAUUUAAGUGAUAGGUAAUCUGUCGGUGCAAAAUAGUAGUCAUUUGAUGUUAUAGGCUUCCAUGGCUUUGAACUUGAUUUAUCCUUCUGGAGCCCCUUAAUAUCCUGUUGAUUGCCUCCGAAGGCCGUAUGGAAAUUAAUGCAAAAUCUACAUAUGUUUGAAAUUCAA